AUGGAUCAAUAUGGUUAUGACAUGAAGGCUUUGAGCAACCUUCUUAUUAAGGCGGAAAAGAGAGGUGUUAUUACUGGGGUUCCAACUUCCCCGAGGGGUCCUCGCCUUAGCCACCUCUUUUUUGCAGAUGAUAGCUUGCUCUUUUGCAAAGCUAACUCGGUAGAAUGGAGACGUUUGUUGAGAAUUCUUGGGAUCUACGAGGCAGGCUCGGGUCAGAAGCUUAACCUGCAUAAGACUUCUAUAUUUUUUAGCUGGAAUACUAGUGUGGAACGACGACAAGAGAUUCUUCAACAAUCAGCAUUACAGGAGACCCAACGGUUGAACACAUAUUUGGGCUUGCCCUCCUUUGUUGGAAAGUCGAGGAAGCAAGCUUUUUGUAAUAUUUUGGGGAGGGUCUCUCAGAAACUAGGUAAUUGGAAAGUAAAAUUUUUAUCCCAGGCAAGUAAGGAGGUUCUUUUGAAGGCGGUGGUACAAGCAAUUUCCACCUACAGUAUGGGAGUGUUCCAAUUGCCGAUCUCUUUGUGCAAGGAAAUCAACAAGCUGAUGCAGGAAUUUUGGUAG